AUGCAAAGAACAAAAUUUAUCGCCUUACUGAUGUCGCGAAGCAGAUGUCACGAUGUUGCAAAACGUGGUCUCAUUUUCCCUCCAACGAGUUUAUACGGAACAUUCGUAGCAAUAGCUGUACCGCUUGACAUUCCAGAUAGGAACGUCUUCGUGUCAUACAAUUUCGAAUCGAACUACUCCGUGGUUACCAAUAUCACACAAAUCGAUGAAGUUAUAUUUCCCAAUUUACCUGUAAUUUCUGCACGUCACACGCGAAGUAUUACAAGGGAGUUGGCAUACACGGCGUUGGAAACUAAAUUCAAAGAACAUGGCAUGAACGGUAAAGAAUGCCUGCUUAGAAACAUUUGCGAGGCAGCCGAGACACCACUUCACCACAACGGUCUUUUAGGGCAUAUCAUGCAUAUCGUUUUCACACCCUCAUCAUCGAAAGACGAAAAUUUAGACGAUAUUUACUACGAAGCUGAAGCAAGUGGUCUUAGAGGCGACUGCGACAAAUAUAUGGAUCUGUGUCCUUACAGCCUGUUCGAUAUCAUCACUCGUCUCGUCGAAGUACGGCAU